AUGGAAACUGCAAAACUGGCGGGCCUGGCGAGUUGCGUUUCGACGGUGGUCGACGACGAAGAACAGGAGGAGCUGCGGUGCACAGGAAGCGACGUCGAGAUCGAGGAGUACACCGACACCGACGACUCGCCAUAUGUCGCUUAUCAGGUCACUGAUAAGCUGUUCGACACGGACAGGGUGGCCUGGCAAAAAUUCAGCUUCGUCGCAACCCUUCUGACCGUUGUCGUGUCCAUUACCUUUCUGAUUAUCACCUAUCCCCUUUAUCUCGAGAGCGUCAGCUACGUGUCCAACGCUUACACAGGACUUCUCUUCACUGCCUUCUGCUCUGCCUUCAUCCUGGGCAUAAUAUGCUUCAUCGCGGGAAGAGUAUCUCCACCACCCGCCCUGAUUCCAAACAGCAUGCGAAUCAAGAUCCCUCGUUGUGCUCUGCUCAAAAUCAGCCUCAUAUAUGCUCUCUCUGGCAUAGUGAUCACGCUUUGCUUGGACCGGGACAGGGUCCUCUGUCAUCUACAAGAUCCUAUAAAAGGCAUCACUCUUGUCUUUUCCCUGGUCUACUAUUUCUUCUUUUGUCGCAAAAUGAUGAGCUUGCAGAGGAUCUUCUCAAGCACUACGAUAAUUGUGGGUCUCUUCAUAAGCGUUGAUUAUGGCCUCUGUGAUCAAUUUCGAUGUAGAGGACAGGAAGUUUCGGGUCAUACCACAACUAUGAGAGGAUCUUGGGGCGUGAAGGCCAUUUGGACGUUCGUUUAUGUCGGUGCACUAGCCGCUUUCGCUAUGUUCUUCACUUUGCUCGAGGCCCAUUAUACCACUGAGCAACAAAAUAUGUGUCAAAUAAUGGCGAGCCAACAAAACUCUUUCCUCUAUACAGUAUCAAGAUUGGUAUCGUCACGAGACAUCCGUCGACGAGGUUCUGAAGAAGAGGGAGGCAGACUGCUCCACGUGACAGAUCCUGACCCUACCAUAAAACCAAAACAUAUUCCAAAACCUCCAAUCCUCGAAACUCUCUUCUACAUUCACUUAAUCGCGUUCUUCGCUAUUUUAUCGAUGUCCUGGAUCGACACGUUGCCAGGAAUAGGCAGAGGAUUAUCUCCAGCGGAGCUAUACCGCGUGGUGGAGCAUGGACUCACGUGUCACUUCAAAAACAGUGACAACUGCUCAAAUAUUUCUACUCGUGGCUGGAUCUUCUUAAUAGCGUAUAUCAUCUUCUCAAUUUCUGUACUGAACUUCUUGUCUAUAAGUGAGAGUGCUGUCUUCACUGUUGCUACCGCCACUGUGUCCCUUCCAUUGUCUGUAAUCUGGUGGAGCAUCUAUAAAAUGGAUGUACACGGCCGUUUCAUCACAUGGUCUCCCGGAGUGACGGGAGAGUUAAUCUGCGCUCUGUUGGGUCUUCCGGUGGUCCUUCUGGGCUUAGGUCUUCUUGUCAGAUCGCAUUUCCGUGACACUCAGCCCUGCUACUUGACGAUGCAACCACCUGACGUACAGUGCGAAUCUUCUCAAAGAUGAACAUCUUUCAGGAAACCAACUGGAGUCUUCGUAUUUAACUCUACAGCAUAAAAAAUCCAUAAUAAUCAUUCUACAAAUUUUUGUUUAAACGUAAAAAAAAAAAAGAAGAAGAAAUCGAACGUCAAUAUUUUAUAGAAAUUAAAGAUAUAGGGGUAAGAAGGAAAAAGAUGAUGCUUUGGGAGUAGCAUGUGCAAGAACACGUGUAGUGAGAGCUCUGCAAUCGACUGGGGGUAGUGACUUAAUUAACUUUUUAACUGUUGUAGCUCAAGGCCCAGUUAAGCAAGCUGCCAAAUAUAUUAUAGUAGUUGAAAACGACACGGUGAAGUCGUAAAAUUAAUCAAUGAUUAAACCUUACAACUUUUUGUGACACAACAAGUAAUUUGAGACGAAAUAGGGUCAUACGGACUUAGAACAGUUAGGCCAGUUCUACGUCAGUUCGGAACCGAUUCUUUCUUUGCACUAUGUUUGAAAAAGUUUCUCUUUUUUUAUCUAAUUAAUUAAUCCUGUGAAAGGAUUAAUCUUAAGUUUUGUUUUCUAUCAGUAUCACUACAUUUAUGGAUACUACAGAAACAAAUAUAGAAAACUGGUUUUACCGCCCCUGAUCGAUGGAGUGACCUCUUAAGCUGGAGAAAAGCUUUCUGUGCACAGUUGUGAUAAAGGAAGUGGCAUGGACCCGGGGAAAGCAAUAAUAUCGAUUAUCUCGUAUACGCGAAAUAAAGAAAAAAAGCGAAAGAGAAAGAGGAGGAGGAAGGAGAGAAGCGAUCAAUGUUUCCUAUGUAAUUUGCCAGCGAGAACAUCCGUCUAGUCACACAACGUUAUUGCCGAUUUAUAUUUUAUUUUGAUAAUGAGAAUAUUUAAUAUUUUCGAAACAAAGAACGUUCGAAUUAUACGUGUUGAGAAUAUAUGUGAAUAGGAGGUGUGCAUGCGUGUGUAUAUGUGAAUGAGUGUGUCAGAGAAAGAAACAAAAAAUACAGAAAAUAUUUUAUAAACUCAAAGUAUAAUAGCGUGUACUGGAUUAAAAGUUGCAUAUUAUUGAAAAGGACCUGCUUAGAGGUUAGGUUUCUCUGUUAUUCAUUGCCAUGUUUAAUGAAUCUAACAACAGAAAUUGAGAAUCUAAUGUCUCUGUUGAAAUAUCGAAGAAAAUAGAGCGGUUCAAUCUCUCUAUAAUAUUAACUCUCUAUAACUCUGACUCUAUAACUCUGUAACUGUAAACAGAAACAUGCCAAUUUGGCUUCUAAUAUGUUCCCAAGUCGCCAUAUUGGGAUUACAGCCAUUUUUUUAACAAAUAUGAAAGAAGACAAAAUGACAUGGUUGAAUCUUCACAGGUACACCUUUUUAGAUAAAAAAAACUUACAAACUUUGAUUUUAUAAAAUUUUUUGGGAUGUUAUAUUUGAAGUAUAGAGCUUUUACUGUCUGAUGGCAAAGCAAUUACUAGUUUAUCGCGAUUCUGUGAUCCUCCAUUUCCACUUCGUGCACACGCGAAUAUUUAGAUAAGUAUAUUUGCCAAAGAUAAGAGAAGAGGAAUGUUAAACGUCAGAUUUUUCAGUCUUAGAAGUAGAGUAUAAACGCGAGUGUGUGCGUACGCGUGAAAGCACGAUUUUACAUGAACAAAUAUGGCGCACGAACAAAUUCGAACUAGUCAUAGAAACUUACAUGAGACAUGUUUCUACUUAACAGAAUUUCCGAUCUCUUCAGCGCAAACUGUGCGAUCCUUUUUUAUAUUUUUACAAAAUUCAUUCACGUGGAUAAUCCUGUCGAUAUUCUUGACCAUUUUAAUUAUUUAUCGCAACUAUUUAUGCGAAAAUAAUUCUACGCUUUCAGUAUUGUUCUAUUAGUAUUCUGUGUACAGAGUGUUUCUAAAACAUCAAAUAAGUAGAUGAAUUAUCUUAGAUUAAAUGAAAUUUAAGAUGUCAUUUAGAAUUUUAAGCCUAUUAUUUUCAUCAAGUAUACAGUGACCAUGAAGACAAGUAGGACAAACAUAAUUUUAAAAGACAAUUAUUUUAGAAAUGCUUUGAACUGAUAAAUGCAUAUACUUAAUUAACAAAGUUUUAUGGUUGGAUUGUGGAUAUCAAUACACAUUCACAUUCUUAUGAAUGUAAAGUAAUGAAACCAAAAUGUAGAUUUUAUCUACGAAAUACUAUAAGAAGUACUUUACUUUGAAUAUUUUAUAUAAUAUACAUCCAGAAAAUUUUUGUGUCUUUUUCCAUAAAUGUAUAGGUAUCCACAGUCUGCUUAUGAUAGCUGUGUUAGCUCAACUUUUGUAGAAGAGCCUUCUUUUUCUACGUAUUUAGUACUUAGUAUGUAAGCACUGCAUUUUAUCUUAGACGAAUUAGGGUGAAUCGUUUCUCCAUGACUGUCAAUCCCGCUCCUCCUUCUCCUUGGACUGACACGCAGUCCCAAAAGCUGAUCAAAAACCGCUGUCCACAUGAAAUCAAAAAGAAAUGAGGAUGUGAUUGAAAGUGGCUGAAAGGAAAAUUGUAAAAUUCGUGCCAAAAUAUAAGAUACGGAGUUUUAGCCUGUAGCGACUGUAACGACUCGUGUAAACGAUAGCUAAUAAGUAUUUAUUAGAGCCGUACUGAGAAUAGCGUGACACACAUAGACAAGUACCGUGAAUUAAGUGUAGUUUGUUGUUGGCAGAUGUUGAGAUGGUAGAAAUGUAAGAGAAAGAGGAAUAUUCGUUGUUGGAAAUAUGUCAAUCAUAUUCUAUCGCAGAAGCUAUAUACGUCCACGACUUUUUUACACUGAUAAUAAGCGUUCCAAGUGUAAUUAUAUCAAGAUUGCAAGAAGAACAGGCUUUGAGAUGGUCUCUGAUUAUUAUUUCUAUUAUUAUUAUUAUUAUUAUUAUCAUUAUUUCUAUUUUAUUUAUUCUAUUAGUAUCAUAUUAAUAUUCUCAUAUUGCUGUAACUGAAUGAGAAUAAAACAUUGAAUAGCGUGAUUAGAUUUCAAUUGGUACCAUUGGAUUAUAGAUUAUAAUCCAACUAUUGUCGUUAUCUCUGAUCCAAUGAUGCUAGUUUUAGAAAUUGGAGAAGUUUAUCAGUGAAUUUUCAGUAAUAUAAUCUUCACUUUACAUUUUACGUAUAAUAUUUACUUGUUAAAGGAACUUGGAGUUAUUUUAUGGUAACUGAAGAUGAAUUUUGGCUAGACCUAUUAAGGUCUAUUCUUUCUGCAAUUCUGCUAUAGCUGCUACAAUAAUAAAAGACGAAAACGGAAGAAAAACAAUAACGAACGUACUACUACUAUAUUAUUAUUCUAUAGUCGCAACAUUUAAUCGUAUAUAUACGUAUAUAUAUAUAUUAAGAAGUAAAUCAUGUUAUACAAUUAACGGAAGACGCAAGAGGGAAGCCGAUUUCAAUUUGUAGCUUUCUUAAUCGACGAGACGUAAAUUGAAUUACAGACGCAGUUGCAUACAAAGAAAAUGAUUCUAAACUUUUUUAAAGAAAGCGCAAUUAACGAGUUAAUAAGUUACUCUGGUUCAACAAGGGAAAUAAAUUCGACAGAAGGGAAACUUGGUGAAUCGGAGAAGUUACGCUUAGAGAAGGUUACAAAGUCUAUUAAAGAAUAAAAAAGAAAUAAGAAGAAAAUU